UUUUCCCGGGGGUGAGAGUUAGCUGAUAGGUGUUGAAUCGACGAUGAACAGGAUACGGAUUCACGUGCUGCCCUCAAGCAGGGGCCGAGUUGCGCAGGCCGCCCGUACCCAGGAACCCCAGACCUGUUCCUUCACACAGAGACCAUGCUCACACCCUCGCCUUGAGGGGCAAGAAUUCUGCAUCAAACACAUACUGGAGGACAAGAAUGCCCCAUAUAGACAAUGCAGUUAUGUCUCCAACAAGAAUGGCAAGCGCUGCCCGAACGCAGCCCCAAAGCCUGAGAAGAAAGAGGGGGUGACUUUCUGUGCUGAGCAUGCACGCAGAAACACACUGGCCUUGCAGGCACAGAUGAGGAAAGCAGCAUCAGGACCGUCCCCUGAGUUCCUGCUAUCUCAGCUUAGCGGCUACAGCCGCUCUGAGUCUGGAACCACAAACCCAGAUGGUCGCAGUGAAGCAAGCCGCAUUCUAGAUGACGAUAGCUGGAGUGAGGAGGAGCAGGAUCCUGUGGUGCUGGAUCAGAUUUGGAGAGGAGAUCCUGACAGUGAAGCUGAUAGCGUUGACAGUGAACACGAGGACCCUCUUAAGCACGCUGGGGUGUACACGGCAGAGGAAGUUGCUUUGAUCACCAGAGAAAAGCUAAUUAGGCUCCAGUCACUCUACAUUGACCAGUUCAAACGUUUGCAGCACCUGUUGAAAGAAAAGAAACGGCGUUACUUGCACAAUCGUAAGAUUGAGCAUGAAAGCAUAGGGAGCAGUCUGUUGACGGGGCCUGAAGGGCUGUCCAUGAAGGAGAGAGAGAACCUAAAGAAGCUCAGGGCCCUGAGGCGGUACCGCCGGCGGUAUGGUGUGGAGGCUUUGCUACACAGACAGCUCAGGGAGCGCAGAAUGGCAGUGACAGAGGGAGGGACACCACAGAGUCACUCUGUUCGGUUAAGCCAAAGGUGCAUUUCCUUCGUGGAGGGGACUCGCUGUACAAAUCAGUGUCUUCCAAUGACUCGUCAUUGUGUAUUACAUAUCUACCAGGACAGCAGCCAGGUGUUGUUCAAACUGUGCCCUGGUUUGAAAGACGUUCCCUGCGACCGGCCAGUGCACAUGGGUCAAUCAGACGAUCCACGCUGCCCCCUCCACCUCAGUCUACCUCCGCCCUUGUAUCAGCCCGAGCAGGAGGCUCUUGCUCCAGCCCAGUUGGCUGUGGCUCCAACAGAGAUGUACCUGAGUGCUGCUGAGCUCCAGCCCACAGAGAACCUCCCCCUGGAGUUCAGUGAUGACCUGGACGUGGUGGGUGAUGGUAUGCAGUGUCCGCCCUCACCGCUGCUCUUCGACACGGCCCUGGCACUGGAGGACCAGACCAUCAGGGAGAUAGCUGAAGCUCCCAUGGACAUUCUUACCGGGGCUGACCAGACUGAUCUGGAGGCUGACACUGAGGACCCUGAGAUGUCAGAGAGAGAUGAGGAAGACCAGAUUCCAGAGGGAGCAGGAGAAGAUGUUUCAAAACAGAAUCCAUCAGGGAACUCUAACACAUUAACAACAGAGGCCACAUGAUGUGCUUUCACUGAUCCUCUUUCCCAGACAGUCUACAACCAACCUCGGCUGAACUCUUUACCCUUCCUGUACUUCAGACAAUCCAAAGUUGAUAUUGAUCUGCUUUGUGGUAGAUCACAACCAGAUCUUAUGCCCCUCACACAUCUGUCUCAUGUCCUCCCUGGUUCACACAUUGCUUCAGGUGUUCCCAUGUUCUUUGCAUUUUAAAGUCUAUGAGGUGGCUAAAAUGUGAGCUCUGAGUACAGCAGCCAGUGUUUUCUGCGAUUUGGAGUUUGUUCAUCGUUCUCAUGCUUUA